GCUCCGAGCCGCUCUCGACCAACGCAACAUUCGCCAUUCGCCAGCACACCGUCGGACGUGAGCACGUCUAUUUUGUUUCACUCAGUUCAGUCAGUCGCGAUCGCAACCUACGCCAACACUGACGCAGUUAAACCGUGUUACCUAAUAAAUACAUUAAUCACUAGUGAAAAUGAUAGGUGAGGAGGACCGAACACAUCGCUGCAAUGAGUGCGGGUUGACGCUGUCCACACGCAGUGCGUUGACCGCCCACGCACGCUCUCAUCGAGCUGCUGCUGAUGCCCACCGCUGUGACGUGUGCCACAAGACCUUCGCGGUACCAGCUCGUCUUGUACGCCACUACAGAACCCACACUGGAGAACGCCCUUUUGAGUGUGAAUACUGUCAUAAAAUGUUCAGUGUUAAAGAAAAUCUUCAAGUACACCGGCGAAUACACACCAAAGAAAGACCGUACCGAUGCGGAGUAUGUGAUGCAGCCUUUGAACAUUCCGGAAAACUUCAUCGACAUGCGCGUAUCCAUACUGGGGAAAGGCCACAUGCCUGUAAUAUUUGCCACAAAACUUUCAUUCAAUCUGGACAGCUAGUAAUUCAUCUUAGGACCCACACUGGUGAAAAACCAUAUAGAUGUCCAGCACCAGGAUGUGGCAAAGGAUUCACUUGCUCCAAACAAUUGAAAGUUCAUUCACGCACUCAUACUGGAGAGAGACCAUACACCUGCGAUAUAUGCCAUAGAGAUUUUGGAUAUAAUCAUGUGCUUAAACUGCACCGCACGCAACAUUUUGGAGAACGUUGCUACAGAUGUACAGUUUGUGAUGGAACAUUUAAUACCAAAAAGCAAAUGGAAGCUCAUAUAUACAAUGAACAUGGAGAGGAUGUACCUCGGAGCCCAGUAGCACAAACGGCAGUCCCACUGGUUGUUAGCAGUAAUAUGAUGUGUGACAUUGUUGAGGCAGCCCUUCAACAACUGCCCCCGACGCCGCCGAGUUCGCCUCCUUCUCCUACGUGCCCUGUGGUGGCGUCGGUGACCGCACCGUUGGUGGUUGCCACACCGUCCCCACCGCCUGUAUCAAGUUUAUUUACUACGUUUGCACCAUCAUCCCUACCGCCACGGAAGCGCAAGCUCAUUCCGCAGCCCGAGCCCGCGCCUGAGCCCACGCCUGUGCGUCACACUUCCGUUAUACAAUUUGCCCCAGCGGCUGACGCUUCCAUGUGUUAGUCAAACAUCUUUUACAUUAAUGUCUAACUAUUUAUUGAUUAAAACACUUUAGCUUAAAACUUGUCGUACGUAAGUUAUGCUAUUUGAAUUUCAAGACUAAAUAUAUAGUAUUUGUGUGAAAGUUAUGCAUUUUGUGCUUGUAUUGUCAUUGUUAGUAUUAGCAUAAGAUUUUGUAUUGCUGCUCUUAGGUACCUAUGUGUUACUAUUAUCUGUUAAGCUUAUUAAAUAAUAAUCAUGAAUCCAGAA